AUGUCUCUGGUCCUUUUUAGAUACUUCAUGUGCGGUGAGCUGGAAUGUCUGGAGCGCUUCGGUGACAUCGGAGUCUGCACCAAAUGUGACCUCAAACCUGCCACUUCAGCUAUGAAGACUGAGCGAAGCUGUGUGGAGACAUCGGCGACGUGCCGGCAGGUCAAAGAUCUGCUCCAAAAAGCGGCGGAGGAUGUCCCGGAGAAGCAGGACGAAAGGAGAUACGUCGAUUUGGAGUUGGUGGACUUGAAGGCAGGCGGAGCAAAACCCGAGAAAGACGGUCGCUUUGGUGAGAGAAACCAAAUGUCUGUCCUUAUUAGCAACAGUGGCGCCGGAGCUGUGUGCGCACCGGAACCGAACAAUGAGUUGGAGAUUAAAACCGAGGCAAAGAAAGAAGAUGCCAAAGUUGAGGAAUGUGGAAAAGAUGCCAAAAAGGAUUUAUGUUUUCCGUCAUUCCCUCCUUGUUCCAACGCAAAGGAGGAGGAUUGCGUCAAAGUGGGAGACAACGGGGAGCGCGUAAUAACGCAGCACCAGGUGUCCAAAACAGACACAAACAUAGAACCAGAUGAGGAUUUACGCAGUGGUGAUAAUCAUCUGAGCGGGAGAAGUGAGUCGGAUGACUAUGAGGAGGAUGAUGAUGUUAGUUUAGUGCUUUCGGAUGAUUGCGUCCCGUGCGUAACGGAGGACGAGUCCCAUUACAUUACCACACACGAGAUCCAGCUGUCGGAGCUUUCCGACAAUGAGGGGGACUAUGACCUCGGGGUGGGCUCGUCCACCAGCUGGGACAUUGAGGACGGCAACCAGGUGUACUCAUUUGUCGAUUACGCUUCUUUUGACGCUGAUGGAGCGGUGGGGGAGAAAGAAGCGGCGGCGGCGGCAGCAGCCACAGUCAGCACUCUGCUUGAAAGUGAUCUGUGCGACUCGGCCAAGUUCGCCAGCUCAGAGGAGUGUGUGUCCAAGACCCAGCAGCAGCAGCAGCAGCAGCAGUGCAGUGGCAACAGCGCGGGACAGAUCCACCUGUCAAUCAGGACCACUUCUCGAGCUAUAAAUGACCCUAGCAACAUCCAAGAACAGGAAAACAUUCUUUAUCAUGCCAGGCGCUCCGGGGACAUGAGCCGCUAUGUGUUUAGGGGAGUUGAUGGGAAGGCAGAGACGUUGUGUGACAGGGCGAAGUGUUUCAUAGCCGCGCCCGGACGCUUGCACUUUGGCGGCAAAUUGAGGGGAAAAGAGGUCACCGAGUAUUCCAGCGGUACGUCCAGCGCUGUCAGCGAGCUGGACGACGCUGACAAGGAGGUGCGCAACCUGACAGCCAAAGCUUUCAAGAGCCUGGCUUAUCCGUACUUUGAUGCCAUUAAUUUCAGCACCUCCAGUGAGUCCUCAGCAUCAGAGCACGGCCUAGGGAUAAACAGGUGGUCCACGUUUGUCGACUUGAAAUAUGGCAACAUGAAUGUGUCACAGGGACUGGACCAGAGUGUGGUUUCCCAUCAAAACUCCUCUUUUGAAAUAGCCAAAAACAUAGACAAUAGAGGUUAUAAAGGCAUUGCACUGGCAAGCAUCAAACCGCCCACCAGCAAGAUCUUCACUCUGAAUGGGAAUCCCCACAGCGCAAAGAAAAUAGAGCUGAUGGGGAAAUUUGGUCAGGGCCACGGUGGGGUGAUAAGGCUCACGGAGACUCUGAAUUUUCGUUGCAAUGUCAAAUCGGGAAUGUCUGCGGGAGAAAGACGCACUAACUUUGCACAAAACGCCGCAGGAUCACGUUCCACAGAUGAAGUUACCAACAGUUUGCUAAGCGGCCAGAGGAGAGGGGCCAGCAAUUCGCCCUGCAAAACCAUGGAAGACACACACAAGAAAGCCAUAUUCGCCUCGAGCCUCAUCAAAAAUGUGAUUUCCAAGAAGAUGCAGUUCGAGCAGGAACGCAAGAUGGAAAGAGGGGAGAUAAGUGAGCCGCAUCCGACGCCUUCUCCGUGCUUUGUGCACCAGGAGGGCGACGGUCACAGGGGGAAGGUGAGCAGGGAGCUGCACAGACAGAGCUCGAAGUUUUCCGAGAGCAGCUCCGACUAUGCCAUAAUGUGCGUGGAUGAAUUGGGGGACUUGGUGGACAGCGGCUCAUGUGAUACCAAGAGCGACUCCCGGAGACAAGACGCGGCCGCUCCCGCACCAGAAACUAAUUUGGAGCAAGCGAAUGAAGCUGGAAUUGAUACUAAAAAAGGCGCAUUGGAAGCGUCCAAAAGCACGUUGCUUCGCAGCCAAAAUAGCGCGUUCAGAUGCUGGAAGGACGAGGAGCUAGAGUUUCAAAAGGAUCAUAAAAACGAUAAAACUCCGGCGGAGAAGCUGCCUUCAGCGAUCGACAAAGAGGUUGAGGGGGAUCGGUACUCAGCGGGCAGCAGCAAACUCACUAAAAUGUCUCAUUUGUUUGUGCCAAGUAUCCAACUGGUGUCCAGUGACGGAGAAGUCGGACAGCAGCUGCAGAGCAGGAAUUAUUCUCCAUGUGGAGAUGGAGGCGGGAUAAAACUGCGCUCUGACAACACUUUAUACGUCGCAGACUCCAGGAGCGUGGCCACAUCUAAAUCUCCGGAAAUUAAAAUUAACUUAAGGAGCGUCAGGGACAAUAAAACGGAGCCUUUUGGCGUCUCCAAACUGCGCGCUCCUAAUUUAGGCUGUAACGCAGCCAGCCUCAUCAGAACAGAUGACUUCAAAUGCCAGGCGCUGGCUGCAGCUUUGAAGGGUGAGUGUUCAGAUAAAGUUCCGCAUUUCAUGGUGAGAGACAUUAGAGAUAAUAAGGGGAAGCUGCAGACACCAAUCCACCAAGUCAGAGACGUUCGUAAACUGGUUAAAAGUUCAUAUCAUUUUGUUUCUUUGGAUAACAACGAAAACAAACCCAGCUUUGCCCUGUCUGACAGCCACACAGAGCAAAAGAAGCAAAUGCCUCAUCGAAACCCUAACUCUGUGUCCCCUAUAGUGAUAAAGUGUCAAUCUGUGAACACUAACAGUAAUGGAAAACAAUCUGGAAAUCUGGAGUUAAUCAGACAGGAGUCGUUAGACGCAGACAGAUCGUCUCCAGAGGGCGCUGUUAGCGCUCAGAGGGCAGCAGGGAAAGCACCCACAGGUGCCUCAGAGGAAAGCAUUGGGUUGAGAAUUGAAAGCAGAGCAGCUUCAAAGAGACAGGAGAAAAUAUCAGAUAUUACAGAUAAGAAACCAGAGUCGAAGAUGGCGAAUCAGGCGGCUUUGGAAAAGCUCCAGGCUGCUGUGAAAACGAUGGAGCAGCUUUACGUGUUUGAAAAAAAUGAAUGGAAAAGGAAGAAUGAGCCCCAGCCCCUGACAGACAGCCAUGUUCUGUCACUGUUAGCCAGUGAGGAACAUGGAGGACCUGAGGAGGAAGGAGGAGCGAGAGGGUCCAGCUUCGAGAAGCUAAUCAGAAGAGACUCCUUCCCCAACAUUGACAGGACCCCACCAGCAGUGGCAGCAUCCCCCAGCAUUGACAGCUUGCUGAGGCGGGAGGAAAAAGAUCUUUUUAAGGCCCUUCAGACCGCCAGCAGCCGUGAUGACAGGCUGGUUUCUAAGUCAGUGCAGGCCCCGAUCACCACAGGAAGCAAAAACAUGUUCAGCCUGAGCUCCAGCCUCAAGGCCUCGGCAGCGGCAAAGACGCCCCAGCCCAACACCGUCACACAGCAGCCUUAUAGCACCAAAAGUUUUGUCCCUAAGUCCCCCAAAUUGCCUGUGUCGCUAAAAAUCAGCCAGACGAGGCUAAGUGGAGCUGAAUCGAAGGAGAUGGACAGAUAUGCACAGGAGUUUUCAAGUGCAUCAGCUGACAACGAGAACUACCUCACCAUUCCGGUAAAGUCUCACCCCAGUAACAGCAAACCGCCCCCAUCUGCUGACAAAACAUCAGUGUAUACGUUUGCCACCCAGUCAAACCCGACCACCCCUCCAGGACACAUAAGAUCUGGCACCAGAGGUCAGGAAGACCACAACCAGACCCCUAAACGGUCCAGCAUUGUGAUGGAGACACGUUCACCUGAGAUCCCUUCUGCUACCAUCUACCACUCCAUGCCGUUGGGUAUGUCCGCCAAUCAGCCACAGGUCUACUGCUUCUCCCCGGCAAUCACCCCAGCUCCCACCCUGGACCCCUUCCAGGCCACGCAGAGGAAGAUGCUGCUGGAUCCCACCACCGGAAACUACUACCUGGUGGACACGCCGGUGCAACCGGCCACCAAGCGCCUCUUUGAUCCAGAAACUGGCCAAUAUGUGGACGUGCCCAUGCCGCAGCCUCCCAUGACGCCUGUACCCAUGCCGAUCUCACCUCUGGCCCUCAGUCCAGGGGCGUACGGUCACACCUACAUGAUCUAUCCGGGCUUCAUGUCACCUUCUGUGAUACCCGCCCGGACACUGGUGCAGUCGCAGAUGUCGGUGCAGUCUGAGGCGGAAAGCGGGGAGAAAGCGUCUUCGCAGCAGGCGGAGGGCAUGUACAUGGAGAGUCCCUUCUACAUGGCCACCGGAAAGUCUCCCCAGGCGACCUCCGGAGUUCAACAGCAGCAGGUCACUGCCAACAGACCGCCACACGGCUCCAGCGUCAAGCAGCCGGUCAUCAGCAUCACCUCCCAGCAAGGGCCCCGCAUCAUCGCCCCGCCCUCGUUUGACGGGACCACCAUGAGCUUCGUGGUGGAGCACAGAUGAAGGGCAGCUCAACUGGACAGGACUGAGCUCUGAGUGGAUGCUGGAGCGCUCUGGUUCGGCCUCGUCGUCAUUUCACGUGUUCAUUUUAUUGUUGUUUUCUUGUUGGGCCUUUUGUAUAAAAGGACUCUUUUACACUUUGCUUCACUUUUUCUAACUUGUACAAGUUUGUCAACACACUGUAAAAAAACAAAAAAAGGGGAAAAAAUUUUGAAAUUAGAAUUGAACAUUUUAUUCACAGGUCUGUAUAGUAGACUUGUUAGCACGGUGAUCAGUCACCCCCCAACUAAUCAGGGUUUAAGUCUGGAAAUCCUUUGUUUGAACAAAUGAAUUUUUCUUUUCAUUGAUUUUGUAUUUUUAUUUUUACAUCAGCACCACUAGAUAUUUAUAAAUUCUAACCCAACAUAUGUAUCAUGCAGCCAAAUAUGUAUGCCAACAAACCAUUUCUUGUGUUAGUCCCAUAAAAUGCACAAAAGUCAUUUUAUACAAUCACACGUUGCAUGGAAACGUCAUAAUCAGUUCAUCGACCUUUUCAUUUCCUCAUUAGUGUUGAGUAGUCAAAUCAUCUGAACAGUAUGGGAAGCUGAAGAGAACAUCAUGUUGAUUAUUAGAAUCUUUUGCGGUUUCAUGAAGUGACCAAUGAUGGAGUUUAUUACAUAUAAUAAUUCCUUCACCACAUAUAAGGACAACUGGCUUUUUUUUUAAUGAAAUUCAAAGAAGAGAAUUUUAGGUUUCCAAACAAAUAUGAAAUUAAUUUGAAAAAUAUUCACAUGUGAUCCAGAAGAUUUCAAUGUGUAAAUGAGGAGCUCUGCAGUGGUUCAAAAAGAAUGUACAACAGAUUAAAUUGACUUUUGUAGAUGUAUGUGGACAGCUUCAUUCUUUUUAGGUACAAAAAUGCCGUUGUGACUACAAAUCCUCACUUGUGCAUUUGUGGAUUUUUCAGCCUCAUUAUGUGGAUUAACUUCUCUCAUUUGCACAAUUUUUCCUUCUAAAAUGGCGAAAAAAGAAAAAUCAUAGCGCUCACAGUAUUUGUAGAUGAUUUGUAGAAAUGUCUUUAUUAAUGUCAAUAAGGUUUGUAUCAUUUGUAUCUUAAAUUUGUGUGUAAAAAUGUACAAAAUCACAUGAAAGAUGAUGAAUAUUGGACGGUUCCAUCUGUGUCCACUGAAUGACAAAAGUGAAAAUGAAGAGCCGCAAAUGCACAAAAGGGAAGAUUUGCAUCCACAGCACCGGUUCAGACUGAAUCUGUACACAGAACUUUAUAAAUGUAUGCACACAUUAUGUAAAAGGGAUUUUUUACUAAAUCUCGCAAAGCACAUGUAAAUAUUUUCUCCUCAGUUUUCGCUCCACGUUAAAAGGUUCCAAGAGCAACAGAAUGACACAACACUGAUGGACUCUUUAGCUCCGUUUGACAUUCAUUUCUAUGUGUGUCACUGUUUCUAACACAUUAUUAAUGACGCUGACAUAUUGUUUUGUACAUAAGAGUUCACCGAGUGUGGAUCUGCUGGACAGUCCAUCCUUUACAUUUUGAAUUAUUUGUGUUACUUUAUUGCCAUUAUGCUAGAAAACAAAAUAAUCUUUUGUAACCUUUGCAGUUUUAGAAUGGUUGAUGUGUUAUCCAGGAAUGCCUUCACAUGUCUUAUUGAGUUAUGCUGGAUAAGCCACGAUAUUGUAAAGGUUGUAUUUUGUUUAGAUUUCGGCUGAUUAUUUAAUGUGGAAAACGUUAAACUGUUUAGGAUUUAAUUGCUGUUUCCUCACAGAUGCAUUCUGCUAGCUUGAGCUAGAUUGUAGUUUUUUUAUUAAUUAACAUUGGAAAAAGCCUAAAUUAAAUGAUGUUGGUAUUGAUGUGGAAAUACAGUCAACAGAAUUUCAGUUGAACUCAGUCAGGAUGCUUAUAUGGUAAUGAUGCUACUUGCUCGCAUUUAUUUCAACCCAUCGUUAUGUUUAAUUGUGAAGUGACAUCUAGACAUCCUGUGAGACGACAUCAUCGCUCCUUUCAACAAAGGCCUCCAAACAACAAUAAUAAUAUAAUAAUUAUAAACUUUAUUAAUCGAGCACUUUUCAAGACUAACGUUACAAAGUGCUUUUCAACAAAAAUAAAUUAAAAGUGAAAAUACAACAAGCACACAGAAUAAUUGAUAGAAAUAGAAAGCACACAAAUAAAGCAGGAAGCUAUAAAACUUACAUAAAAUCAGGAAAAGCUCUCUGAUAGAAAUGUGUUUUAAGAAGUGACCUAAAAGAAAGCACAGAAUUAGCCGACCGGAUGUCCUCGGGCAGAUCAUUCCAGAGUCACAGCGCCCUCGAUUGACCGUCAUUGUUAUCGAGCCACAACGUUUAAGUAGGGAGGAGGUGGGGCUCUAUGGAUGGGUCAGCAACACACAGGACUUGAUGGAAGGACAUGGUUUCUUUGCUCAUUUUACCCAGCUACAAAAAUUUUGAUUCUAAAAACGUUCUGAGAACGUUACCUAAAGUUCAAGUAAUGAUGUCUGCAGGAAGUUUUAUUCUAUUUGUCAGAAAAUACACUUUGAGAAAUCAAAUAUAAUUUCAAGGCAAUGUUUAAAAACCCUUUCUGAAUGUUGCAUUGACAACAUCCUUCCUUUGUUGUCAUGUAACAUUGUGGGAACAUUUUAUAGAAGAACUUCCUCAAAGGCAACAUCUCUAAAACGUCAUCUCUUGUUUCAACAGUGGUCUCCAAACAACAUACAUUUACGUACGCCCUUUAUUUACACUCGGGCGACGUUACUAUUAAGCCAUAAAGCUGACGUAGGGAGGAGCUGGGGCUUGAUGGAUAGGUUAGCACAGCACAAGAAUCUAGAAACAAACCCAGCUGUUUGCCAACUACCAAAAAAAAAAAAAAACACCAAGAAAGGAACAAAUCGUUUUCCAUCUACAUGAGGAAAACUGUUUUUGAUUGGGAAAUCUGCAAUUAUUCUUUCACAUUAGCGGCUAUAGGAACAACUGAUCAGUCACAUGAGUUAAAUGUUCGACACAUCAUUUAUAAAACAAAAGGCUUUACGUAUCCUAUGAAGUGCAUUCAUUCUUUUUCAAAAAAGCAAGCAUAAAAUGUUUAUCUAACAACUGGGUUUCCAUUAACUUUUUCUAAAGUGAAGCUUCAAAACGCAAAUAAAAAAUAUGGUAAGACAGAUGAUCUGGAACAGUAUCUUUGUCACAUCUAGAGCUUGGUAGACAGUUGUCCAUAUAUAUAUUUUAACAGUUUGUGUAAGCUGACUCUUUAUAUGUGCUUAAUACACUCAUUGUAAAUAAAACAAUACUACUAAAAUACUAAAUACUAUAAUGAAACUACCACAUCGUAUACAAUAGCAUAUCAUACGUAGUAACACAAAAAUACCAUCCCAGUAUUUUCUAUGACUUUGGUAAUAUCACUCUUCAUAAGUGUGAUAAGUCUUCUAAAGCUGUGCAAUUGUCUGAAAGGUUCCUAAAUAAUCUAUAUUUUCCCAUGUUCCCCAUUUUAAUAGUCUAUUCUCUUUUCUAUUCAAACUUGCUGGGCUUUAUUCACAACAGUAAAGUCAUUCAUUGCUGGGUUUUGUGGUUAUUACAGACUUUUACAGACUUUUUUUUUGUUAAUGUGCAUGAUGAUUUGUUCUUUUUGUACUUUGAUGUAAUGGAAGAAAAGUUGUGUAUACGUGUAAAUACUUUUUCCAUGGGAGGAUGUGAUGAUUUCAUGCUUCACUGAGGGAUUGUGGGACUUUGUUGAUUUACGUGAAGAUUUCAGGUGGUAGGCGGGGGGUGGCUACCCUGCUACUUUUAAACUGCUGCAUGAACUUACUGGACUGAGGGUACAUUUUGUGAAGGUUAAAGAAAGUUGUCGUAGAGAGGAAAGGUGAGGAGGUCGGAGACUUAGGAAUAAAGUGUUGAGUGGAAGACUCAUGACAUCAUGUGGAUACAGAGAAAUGAAGCAAUGAAAAGUGUUUUGUUUAAAAGUAUGAGUGCCGAUGAUGACUUUUUUUAAAAAAGCUCUUUUGGAUUUGAGUUUUUUCACUUUGAUGUGUUUUGCAGAUGUACAGUGUCGGGUCAAAACUGUGUCAUGAAUGCUACAAUGGCUGAUAUCAGAUGCUGUUGUUAAAUGUUUGUUGCGUUGUGAAAAUUCAAUAAACGUGAAACCCUUUUGCAAAA